AUGGAGGACAGGAGCGUGACCACGUCUGGUCACAAGGUGCACCGUGCAGUCCAAGGAAAAAGAGCGCCAGUCCGUAAAGACUGUGUAUCCUUCAAUAAAGGUCUAUGUUCUGAAAAAGCUACAAGCCCAAAUACAGAUACAGAUGCCAAAGAGGGGCCAGACUCCACCAGCCCCAUAGAGUCCGAGCACAUGGCUAAUAUUUCUUUAGAAACUACAUGGAAAGCAGAUCAUGAAAAUGAGCUAAACACUUCUAUCACACAAGAGUCGCUGACACAGAAUAAGAAAAGAGAGUCACGUGAGAGCCGUCUGCAGUCUGAACAUAUUGGUGGUGGCAUCAUAUGCCCUGACUGUGGGAAAACCUUCCAAUCCCAACACCUAUUCACUAAGCAUCAAAGAACACACUCAGGAAAGAGACUGUUCACUUGCUCAGCCUGUGGGAAACGUUUUGGUCACCACUCAUCUCUCUUUCGCCACAGAAAAUCUCACUGCCACCCCAAAACACAAAAUCUUCUUACGAGUCCGUUUGGGUUUUCGCUUACAGAAAUGCAGCUCUAUAAAUGCGGCAUCUGUAAUGAAAUCUUCCCUGGAACCAAAGAGCUUAGGAAACACUUGACAAGCCACACCGGGGAGCAGCGAUAUAUAUGCAAGGACUGCGGUCGCCUCUUCAGCUGUAACUAUUUUUUAGUUCGGCACCAGAGAACACACACGGGUGAGCAGCCGUAUCAGUGUAAAGUGUGCCAGAGAGCGUUCUCUCAGAAGACCAGCCUGGUAAUCCAUCUUCGGAUACACACGGGCGACCGCCCAUACCCUUGCCAGCUUUGUGACCGCAAGUUCUGCUCUCGUUCUUCCAUGGUCCGGCACCAUCGCAGUCACAAGGAGCAAAGAAGCAGGACAGGUGGGUGCGCGCCACUAGUGAUAUGUCAGCUUUGCACAUAAAUAAACUGUAUUAUAAGCUCCUGUUUUUUCUAUAGCAUAAACAAAGAUCUUCUCUGUCUAUUAAAGGGACACAAACAACCUUAAACAGCUUAAUAUUUUUGGUACAACAGUUACUGGGACAGUCAAAUGUAAAAGAUACUCAUUAGUGUUGGCAAAUGCUUUGUAUUACUGACCCUAGGAACUAAUUGUUUAUUUCCCACAAAAGAAUUUUACACACAGUUAAAGUUCCACCCUGGAGCCACAGGCGUUGCAACUCCCGAUCAAAACACUGCAAAUUGGCCAAUGUUCAGUGGAACAACCAGGCAGUCGCUGAGCUUUGUGAAGUGUAAAGCACAGCUGGGAUCAAUAAUGCAAAAAUGAUUAUCUAAUAAAUCAGGGUAGGGUGUUUGGCAUUGGAUAAAAGGUAUUUACAUGUGAAGUGAAACAGGAAGUGCAUGUUUGUGUACACUAUGGGCUAGAUUUAUCAAGCCCCUGCGGACGAGCAAUUUAUCAAGCAGCGGUCACCAGACCGCUGCUUCCAUAACAUCUUCGCCACAUCUAUUCUGGCGAAAUUCAAUCUCCUCGGUCGAGUCCGACCGAGGAGAUUGACAGCUCCUGCCCGCGCGUGAUUGGCUGUGCGCGGGCAGGGGGCGGGAUUGCACGCGAGCGCAAAAUUGCGCUCGUGUGCAAUGUUAAUUACCUGCGGGUAAUUGCGCCCCGCCACAGGCGAGCUGAGGCGUACAGGGGCGCGUAUACGCGCCCCUGUACGCCUCAGGGUUGAUAAAUCUAGCCCUAUGUAUUUAUUGCUGGCUGAACACUUACACAGAAAAGGUUGGUUUAUUCAGCACUGGAGUAUCUGAUC